AUGGCCCACUCCCCCUCAUCCUCGUCCGUCGAAGACGCCGCCGAAAAUACUGCAGAUGAGGAGGAUUCUGAGGAUUACUGCAAAGGUGGUUACCACCCAGUACAAGUCGGAGAGAAGUUCAAGGAUGGAAAAUACACCGUUGUUCGCAAGCUUGGAUGGGGUCAUUUCUCAACCGUCUGGCUGUCCCGCGAUAACACCAACAGCAAGCACGUCGCCCUCAAGGUUGUCCGUUCCGCCGCCCACUACACCGAGACCGCCAUCGACGAGAUCAAGCUCCUCAACAAGAUUGUUCAGGCUAAGCCUGAUCACCCCGGUCGCAAGCAUGUCGUGAGUCUUUUGGACUCGUUUGAGCACAAGGGACCCCACGGCACCCACGUAUGUAUGGUUUUCGAGGUCCUUGGAGAGAACUUGCUUGGUCUCAUCAAGCGCUGGAAUCAUCGCGGCAUUCCUAUGCCCCUUGUCAAACAAAUCACAAAGCAGGUUCUUCUGGGCCUCGACUACCUUCAUCGCGAAUGCGGCAUCAUCCACACCGACCUCAAACCAGAAAAUGUUCUUAUCGAGAUUGGAGACGUCGAGCAGAUUGUCAAGCGCGUUGUCAAGCCCGAGGCUGCUGAGAAGGAGAACAACCGUAACGGACGGCGGCGUCGUAGGACCCUCAUCACCGGCAGUCAACCGCUCCCUUCUCCCCUCAAUACUAGCUUCAACCAGAACAAUCUUUUCCCCUCACCGAACCCCCACUCCAGUCUUGCUGGUGUUUUGAAUGAAGGCAGAUCCUCAAAAGAGGCAUCCCCUAAGCCAUCCGAUGACGCUCAAAAGCAACGAGAAAAGUCUGCCGAUCUUCUCAGCCGUGAAGUCUCGGGCAUUUCUCUUGAUAAAUCCAACUCUCCCUCUGCUUCAACAGGCGAGAAGCGCAAGGCGGAAGAUGCGCACGCUUUUGACGUUAUCAGCGUCAAGAUUGCAGAUCUAGGCAACGCUUGCUGGGUCAACCAUCACUUCACCAACGACAUUCAGACAAGACAAUACAGAUCACCCGAGGUGAUUUUAGGCUCCAAAUGGGGCGCCAGUACUGAUGUGUGGAGUAUGGCGGCUAUGGUGUUUGAGCUCAUCACAGGUGAUUAUUUGUUUGAUCCUCAGUCAGGUACCAAGUAUGGCAAGGACGACGAUCACAUUGCCCAAAUUAUCGAACUUCUUGGGCCAUUCCCCAAAUCUCUAUGCCUCAGUGGCAAGUGGAGUCAGGAAAUCUUCAAUCGUAAAGGGGAGUUGCGAAACAUUCAUCGGCUGCGGCAUUGGGCUCUAACCGAUGUCCUACGGGAGAAGUAUCACUUUAAGGAGGAUGAAGCAAAGCGUAUUGCAGACUUCUUGACUCCAAUGUUAGAGUUGAUACCUGAUAAAAGAGCCAAUGCUGGUGGUAUGGCCGGUCACAACUGGUUGGAGGAUACACCCGGCAUGAAGGGACUGAAGAUUGAGGGCCUGGAAGUUGGUGGCCGUGGUGAAGGCAUCGACGGCUGGGCAACGGAGGUGAGAAAGAGAUAA